GAAAGUCUCAGUCGUUGUCCGAUCUCGACCGCUGAUAUAUCCCGAGUUGAGAACAGUCUCUCAGCAAACACUUCGGAUUUUUUUGGAUGCCAAUUUUAAAGUGACACACGAUUUGGCAGACGUGAUUUCGUGCAACGCAAAAACAUUUUUAAUCAAUCAUUGCUAAAUAGAUCUCGAUUUGCCGUUUGCAUUUCAAGUGUUUUUAUUAUACAACUUAUCAAGCAUUUUAUCGGCAAUAAUCUGUAUUAUCAGUUAUAUUUGCCAAAAAAGUUUCCUGUGAUUAGAUCAAGACAUCUCUAAUAAUUAUUCGAAAUUAAAUGUGAUUGUAACUAUGAUUCAAAAAUAUAAUUUUUGAUAUUCAGAAGGCACAUUUGGAAUGGAGUUGCUGGUGCCAACAGUUUCGGAUAUCAUUUUUAAAUAUACCUGGCCCAUUUCUCGUUAUAAGAAAACAAUAGCUAAAAGCAGUAACAUUGAUAGUCAGCCUUUUCAUAUCAACGUAAAUGGAAUUCACAGCACCUGGACUCUUUCGAUUCGAUUUUGGAAGGGACCUGAAGGGAAAAGAGUAACAAAUCCAGUAGUUUUAUGCCUAAAUAUGGUCAAAUGCGCAGUGGAAGAAACAGAACAAGCAAAAAUCAGGUUUCAAUUUGCCGUUUUCAAUUCGGACGUAAAUCACUGGGAAUACUGUCAUGUUAGUAGAACGAUAUUAGAAUUAAAAUCGACAACAGACAUAAUAUCUCUGGGAUACCGAGACUUGUCAAUAGUCGACAGGCAUUUGAAGAAAAAUGGCGAACUCGUGGUGAUGGUAAAAAUACAAAUAAUCCAAUGCGAAAGCGAAAAGCAUUCUCUGGCACAGGAUAUGGCAAGACUUUUGAAGCACACACGAGCUGCGGAUACAAAAUUGACAUGCGGGGGCACAAAUAAUACAGAAAUUCCAGUCCACAGUAGCAUCAUCACAGCUCGUAGUGCAGUUUUAGCAAAUAUGAUAUCACCUUUAAUUGAGCAGGAAUCGGAGACGGAAUCAGGCUCAAAAACGAGGAAAAAUUGUGAGACUGGAUCUCAAAAGAAGCAUCUUGGAGAGCAACAAAAUGAAAAUUCGGACACGCACCUGAAAUUCAAACUCGAGUUGCCAGAUCUAUCAAAAGAAGUCACAGAUGAACUUCUCCGGUAUAUUUAUAGCGACCAUGUUGAUAAUUUGGACACCCUGGCUCCACAAUUAUUAUUUAUGGCAAGGCGUUUUCAUUUACAAGGACUAAAAGAGCUUUGCGAAAGAAACCUGAUUGAAACGAUAACACCAGAAAACGUCGCGACUCGACUUUUGUUAUCAGAUGAUUUUGGUUGUGAUGCUUUGAAGAGGGCAGGUUUGGCAUACUGUGAAGAAAAUGCAAUGAGUAUAACGAAAAAUCUAGCCUGGAAGAUGAUGGAACAAGUUAAUCCGGAACUUUUUCUCGAAGUCUGUGAAGCUGGAAUGGGAGGCUCGCUUUCUAGCAACAUGGAUGAUAGCGAAUUAAGCAACUAAAAUACUGAAAUACAUUAAAAUAUACUGAAAUAUUGACAUUUUAUGUGAGCGAAUGUGUAAAUGAAAUCGAUGAGAUUAUUUGAGAGUAUGUAAACCUGUUUACCAACACGAAAUAAAAAUAUCCUUCUUUAAA